UCGAGGAAAGCGUACCUUCUCGCUUCCAGCAUAGUGGCAGGGACGGAGCCACAGGGAGGAGCGGUGUACACCGAGAGGACAGGAGCAGAGGGUAAUCAAUGAAGGAGCCUGCAAAAAUAAAAUAGACUAAAAGCAUCUGAACGCCUAGUACAGCGGAUAACAACGAGGGGGUAGCGCUCUGCGUAAGGGCUAUUCCCCCUCUCUUACAUUUCUUCGUGCUGUGAGAGAGGCUACUUCACUGAAAAGAUGGGCAACCGGGGAAUGGAAGACCUGAUUCCUCUGGUAAAUAAACUCCAGGAUGCCUUCUCCGCUAUCGGACAAAAUGCCAACCUGGACCUCCCACAGAUCGCCGUUGUCGGCGGUCAAAGUGCUGGAAAAAGCUCGGUGUUGGAGAACUUCGUGGGGAAGGACUUCCUGCCCCGAGGAUCUGGCAUUGUUACCCGACGCCCCCUGGUGCUGCAGCUCAUCAACAGCCCCACAGAGUUUGCAGAGUUCCUUCACUGCAAGGGGAAGAAGUUCAUCGACUUCGACGAGGUGCGGCAGGAGAUCGAGGCGGAGACGGACCGCAUCACUGGGCAGAACAAGGGCAUCUCCCCCGUGCCCAUCAAUCUCCGCGUGUACUCCCCUAAUGUCCUCAAUCUGACUCUGGUAGACCUGCCGGGGAUGACCAAAGUUCCCGUGGGUGACCAGCCGGCCGACAUCGAGCAGCAGAUCAAGGAAAUGCUGAUGCAGUUUGUGACCAAGGAGAACUGCCUGCUGCUGGCUGUGUCCCCUGCCAACUCUGACCUGGCCAACUCCGAUGCCCUCAAGAUUGCCAAAGAGGUGGACCCGCAGGGUUUGCGUACCAUUGGUGUGAUCACUAAGUUGGAUCUGAUGGACGAGGGGACUGAUGCUCGAGACAUCCUGGAGAACAAGCUGCUGCCACUGCGCAGGGGCUACAUUGGGGUGGUGAACCGCAGCCAGAAGGAUAUCGAUGGGAAGAAGGACAUCGCGGCGGCCAUGGCUGCCGAGAGGAAGUUCUUUUUGUCGCACCCGGGUUACAGACACCUGGCCGAGCGUAUGGGCACGCCCUACCUGCAGAAAGUCCUCAACCAGCAACUGACCAAUCAUAUCCGAGACACCCUGCCUGGCCUCCGUAACAAGCUGCAGAGCCAGCUGCUGUCCAUUGAGAAGGAGGUGGAGGAGUACAAGAACUUCCGCCCUGACGACCCGUCCCGAAAGACCAAGGCCCUGCUGCAGAUGGUCCAGCAGUUUGCGGUGGACUUUGAGAAGCGCAUCGAGGGCUCUGGGGACCAGAUCGAUACCUAUGAGCUGUCAGGCGGAGCCAGGAUCAACCGUAUCUUCCACGAGCGAUUCCCCUUCGAGCUGGUCAAGAUGGAGUUUGAUGAGAAGGAGCUGCGCAAGGAGAUCAGCUACGCCAUCAAGAACAUCCACGGCAUCAGAACCGGUCUCUUCACUCCGGACAUGGCCUUCGAGACCAUCGUGAAGAGGCUGAUCGGGAAGAUCAAGGAGCCGUGCCAGAAGUGUGUGGACAUGGUCAUUUCUGAGCUGGUCAAUACCGUCAGACAGUGCACCAGGAAGCUGGCCCAGUACCCCAUGCUGAGAGAGGAGAUGGAGAGGAUCGUCACACAGCAUAUCCGUGACCGCGAGAGUCGUACCAAGAACCAGGUGAUGCUGCUGAUUGACAUCGAGCUGGCCUACAUGAACACCAAUCACGAGGACUUCAUCGGCUUUGCCAAUGCCCAGCAGAGGAGCAACCAGAUGAGCAAGAAGAAGGCCUCUGGGAAUCAGGAUGAGAUAAUGGUAAUCAGGAAGGGCUGGCUUACCAUCAACAACAUUGGCAUCAUGAAGGGCGGAUCCAAGGAGUACUGGUUCGUGCUGACCGCCGAGACCCUGUCCUGGUACAAGGAUGAUGAGGAGAAGGAGAAGAAGUACAUGCUGCCUGUGGAUAACCUGAAACUGAGGGAUGUGGAGAAGGGCUUCAUGUCCAGCAAGCACAUCUUUGCCCUCUUCAACACAGAGCAGAGGAAUGUGUAUAAGGAUUACCGUCAGCUGGAGCUGGCCUGCGAGACCCAGGAGGAAGUGGACAGCUGGAAGGCUUCCUUCCUACGCGCCGGAGUCUACCCAGAACGCAUCACGGAUAAGGAGAAACAGAGCGAUGCUGGAGAGGAGAAUGGCUCUGACAGUUUCAUGCACUCCAUGGACCCCCAGCUGGAGCGGCAGGUUGAGACCAUCCGCAACCUGGUCGACUCCUACAUGGCCAUCGUCAACAAGACCGUGCGUGACCUCAUGCCCAAGACCAUCAUGCAUCUGAUGAUCAACAAUACUAAGGAGUUCAUCCACGCGGAGCUGCUGGCGAACCUGUACUCGUGCGGGGACCAGAACUCUCUGAUGGAGGAGUCGGCGGAGCAGGCGCAGCACCGCGACGAGAUGCUGAGGAUGUACCACGCCCUGCGCGAGGCGCUCAGCAUCAUCGGCGACAUCAGCACCACCACCAUCUCCACCAGCAUGCCCCCGCCCGUCGACGACUCCUGGCUGCAGGUCCAGGGCGGGCCGUCCGGCCGCAGGUCCCCGAUGUCCAGCCCCACUCCGCAGCGAAGGGCCCCCCCAGGGCCCCCCGGCCGCCUGGGAUCCCGAAGCUCUGCCCCCGGACCCCCCUCCGCGGGGGCGCCGCCUGUGCCCUCACGCCCAGGGGCCUCCCCGGACCCCUUUGGAGGACCGCCCCCUCAGGUCCCCUCCAGACCCAACCGCGCCCCUCCCGGUGUGCCCAGAAUUACAAUCAGUGACCAAUGAGGACUAACGCUGAUGGUACGUCCAGCUCUCUCAUCGCUUGGCUCUCAUCCUGCCUCAUCUUUCUGCAUGGCUCUCACUUCCUUUCACCCACUCUGACCGUUCCUUGCCCCUCCCACCUCUGAGCUCUCUCCGGCCAAUGGGACACCAUAUAUAGACACCGACCCGCGAGAGUCCCACCUCCCCACCACCCCUUGACCAUCUGACAUCACCAUGACAGCCACGCCAUCUCAAACCGCAUGUGUGGAAAGGAGGAAGACAGGCCCCUUUCCAAUCCCAGCUAAGUAGAUGUGGUUCUUGGCGGAAUCUUGUCAGACAGGAGGGGGUUCCAACGCGGUUCUGUCUGGCAUCUGUGAACUCCAGAACCUCCACUAAGAGGUAUUCCCCAAACCAGCCUCCAAAUCGUGUUUCUGCUUUUAUGAGUCUUCGAUGAGCUAGGACGGAUGACUGCUGCUGUGCCUAACUGAGCUCUUGUGCUGGAAUCGCAGAUAUUGCGAUUCCAAUGGAUGGCUCUGCUUUGGUUCAUAGUGCUACUGAAUUAGGCUUGGACCAUUAUGGGCUGAGUUGAGGAGAACACCAUCUUAGGUUGUCUCUGGGGGUGUGACCUAGAUUCCGAGUAUGCAUGAACUAGUCUGUGUGUGUGUAUGUGUGCGUGCGCGUGUGUUGGCUACUACUAUCACUGUUUUUAAGAGAGUGGGCCAUACUAUUUAUGAUCCAUCCUUAUGAUCCACUCUGUUGCCCGAAAUACCACACAAAAUGCAUACGCACACACACACUCAAAGAUACAGGUGCACCCAAAGGCACACACUCACACCUCCUCCGUUUCUUCCACACACUAACCUCUGCACCAAUAGAAAGCUCUCAUCCUGGGAGAGGGCAUGUCCAGGCAGGUCAAGGGUCAGUGUCUGUGUUUCUCCAUGACAUUUCACCCAUUCCACUGUGGCUGUAUAUAUGUGUUUAUGUAAAGUUCAUGUGAGGAAAAGGUCCUGUCUCUCCAAUGGAAAUAAAUGAGCCAAUAAACACACACAUAUCCUGUAGCAUAGGGUUCAGGAGUAGUUUGAUGAAUUAUCCAUUACAGGGAAUUUUAGCUUGGAAUUCAUUUUUCUGAAGUAAACUGUGGAUUCAAUGUGUGGAAUUCUCCUUAUCAGAAAAUGUGAGUCCUCUUUGGGGAAAACCAGGAAGAAAGUUUUAGCCCUUUCCUGUCAAACCAGCGGAGUACAGGUCAAAUAUUGCCUGUCAGGGAUAAUUCAAGCUCUGACACCAGUGAUCCCCAGGCCUGUGGGCCUACAAGCCAAUUGUAAAUACUCUCUCAGUGUCCUUACAUUCACCAACAAUAAACUCCUUCCACAAAUUCAAACAGUAUACACUACAUUUGCUGAUAUUUAUGAUGGCAGAUCUUAUUUGUUUGUUUGGUAUUAUGUCAGGAAUCAAAGUCUGAUAAUAAUUUCUGAAAAAAUGCUCAAGGCCUGAAGUUCACUGGCUUUCCUGUAGAGGGCGCUGCUGGAGGCCACCAUUAUAUACACUUCUGCGUAGCAUUGUCCCCACACUGAGAGCUGUGUGUUCCCUCACGUGUGUGCGUGUGUUUCUGUGUCUGCGCGCAUUUGUUUGUAUGUUUCUGUGUGUUUGCAUGUGUCUGACUGUGUGUAUGCAUGUUUAUUUGUGUGUGUGUGUGUGUGUGUGUGUGUGUGUUUGAGAGAGAGAGUCAAGGCAUUCCGUGUGGAGCACGGCACUGCUGUUGUGUUGGUGUUGACUGUGCGCUGUCUUCUCUCUGUCUGUAUAUCUGUCUGUCUGUCCCUCUCAUUCUCACAGCCGGAGAGCACCAGCUUCACCAACCCGACCCAACAGACCCACAGAGUCCCCUGUCUUAGGCCUCUGACUUUGGGUUCGACACCCAGCGGAUAAACUACCCCCCACUCCCGCCCCGCCCCCUCUCCCAUCCCCUACACCCUACACACACACAUACACACAUGCACACGCACACAAGCAAUACCAGCGUGCAGGUAUACACUUCUCCAGACUUGAAUACAAGUACACAUUUCACUUUGCACAUGCCCAUUUUAAAAGGAAAGAAGGAGUAAAUAUUGCAAAAUUAAAAGGAAGGACAAUAACAAAAAUUAUUUUGUUCCCUGCGUUGUCUAGUGUAGUGUGGUUUGUACAAACCAGCACAUUCCUUCUUUCUUAUCCCUGAAUAUUUGUAUUUUGGUAGAGGCAAAAAAAAAAAAAAAAAAAACUCUGAACGUGUCAACCAACCAAAUAAUCUUGUAUGCAAAAUAAAAACAAAGAUGUAUUGAUAAUGAUUUAAGAAUGCUCAAAUGUAUUGUAGUAGUUUUGAUUGACUUUCAGCCUGUACUUUGUAUGCAUUAUAAAUAUGAACAUGUAU